CAAAGUAAGGUACCUUACAAACAACAAACCACUAUCGCCAAUACCGCCUCGAUACUAAGGCCCCUCAUUCUCUGCCCCGCCCCGUCACGGCUGAACCCUGAACUUGGAAACAACCAUAAAAGGCGAUUCACGAAAGCAGACCCCAAUACGAUACACCAUGUCUUCCACAGAAGAAAGCAACGCUCCCGCGACGGAUUUCUCGCACCAAAGCAGCGACUACAUCCAGUUCCCCGUCUUGCCCCCCGGUGGCAAGCUGAACCGGUGGUCUCACAAAUUGACGAGGGAACAUGACUACCCCGGUGCCCAGGCGAUGUUGUAUGCGGCUGGUGUCCCAGACCGCGAAACAAUGAAGAAUGCGCCUCACGUCGGCAUCGCGACUGUUUGGUGGGAAGGCAACCCGUGCAAUACACAUCUUCUCGAUUUCGGCAAGAUUGUCAAGAAGGCGGUGGAGAAGCAGGGCAUGUUGGGAUGGCAGUUCAACACGGUUGGUGUAUCCGACGCCAUCACCAUGGGAGGUGAAGGCAUGCGCUUCUCGUUACAAACGCGCGAGAUCAUCGCCGACAGCAUCGAAUCGGUGACGUGCGCCCAGCACCACGACGCCAACAUCUCCAUCCCCGGAUGCGACAAGAACAUGCCCGGUGUGGUCAUGGCCGCCGCACGCCACGACCGGCCUUUUAUCAUGAUCUACGGCGGCACCAUCCGGAAGGGCUACUCGGCGCUGCUCGAGCAGCCCAUCAACAUCGCCACGUGCUACGAAGCCGCCGGCGCCUACGCCUACGGUCGUCUCCAGGCCAAGUGCGGCGCCGGCGAAGCGGGCCGCACGCCGUCCGACGUCCUCGAGGACAUCGAGCGCCACGCCUGCCCCGGCGCGGGCGCCUGCGGCGGCAUGUACACGGCCAACACCAUGGCGACGGCCAUCGAGGCCAUGGGGCUGUCGCUGCCCGGGUCGUCGUCGUUCCCGGCCAACUCGCCCGAGAAGGCGCGCGAGUGCGAGCGCGCCGCCGAGGCCGUCAAGGUGGCCAUGGAGAAGGACCUGCGGCCGCGCAGGCUCAUGACGCGCGCCGCCUUCGAGAACGCGCUCGUGCUCACCAUGGUCCUGGGCGGCUCGACCAACGGCGUGCUGCACUUCCUGGCCAUGGCGAACACGGCGGACGUGGCCCUGACGCUGGACGACGUCGGCCGGACGAGCAACCGGGUCCCCUUCCUCGCGGACCUGGCGCCGUCGGGACGACACUACAUGGAGGACCUGUACAGGGUGGGCGGCACGCCGGCGGUGCUGAAGAUGCUCGUGGCGGCGGGGCUGGUCGACGGCACCAUCAUGACGGUGACGGGCAGGACGCUGGCGGAGAACGUGGCGUCGUGGCCGUCGCUGGACCCGGGGCAGACCGUCAUCCGCCCACUAUCGGACCCGAUCAAGGCGACGGGCCACAUCCGCGUGCUGCGGGGGAACAUGGCGCCCGGCGGCGCGGUGGCCAAGAUCACGGGGAAAGAGGGGCUCCGGUUCACGGGCGCGGCGCGGGUCUUCGACAAGGAGCACGCGCUGGACGCGGCGCUCUCGGCGGGGGCCAUCCGGCGCGAGGACGGCAACCUGGUCCUGAUCAUGCGGUACGAGGGCCCCAAGGGCGGGCCUGGCAUGCCGGAGCAGCUGAGGGCCAGCGCGGCCGUCAUGGGCGCCGGGCUGACCAAUGUGGCGCUCGUGACGGACGGGCGGUACAGCGGCGCGUCGCACGGGUUCAUCGUCGGCCAUGUGGUCCCCGAGGCGGCGGUCGGGGGGCCCAUUGCGCUGGUUAGGGAUGGGGACCGCGUGACCAUCGAUGCCGAGACGAACCGUAUUGACAUGGUCGACGUGGACGAGGAGGAGAUGGCGCGGCGGAGGGCUGGGUGGAAGGCGCCGCCGCCGUAUGUUCGGAGGGGCGUGUUGGCUAAGUAUGCGCGCCUGGUGGGGGAUGCGAGCCAUGGUGCUGUCACCGAUAGGGCAGAUUCGUGGUGAGGUGAGGUGCGGUCACUAAGGUGUGGCCUCGUCUCGCUCGCUGCCUGGACCUCUCCUGAGCUUCACUGUCUGUGUCGACAUGUACCAAUUUAUCCCUUUAAUCGCGGAUACCGGGAUAAGCGAGCCGAGUCCCGAGUAAUUAUCACUCAUCUUAUUGGUCUGGAUCCUCUAAUGGAAUCGUUCGAAAUUCUGAGAUUGCCAAUGUACUCUGUACAUUUCCGUCCGCGCCUGCUUGACCAGACAUG